AUAUGCCUGCGCUGCCGCAUUAACAGCCUCGCAUAGCAAUUUCCAAGUCAUCUAUCGUGUACCCUCAGCGUGAUGCGCUGUUCCCAACUACUUGAGCGAUUUGGGCGUAGUGCGUUUUCCUUAAAUGGUUAUAGUGGAUGCUGGCAAUCUUGCAGGGCAUACGCCACGCAGAUUACGGAGCUAGAAGCUUCGUCUAGCAAUGCCGAUGCACUUAUCUUUGCAGCUUGUGUGCUGCAGCGGCUGCCGAUAUUAAGACCGGCCGUGCCGCCUCACCACGCACAACACCUGAUAUGGUCCCGACAACGAGGCCUAGAAUCGGGGACGCUGAAAGACUAUCCGGAAGCGGCCACCAAGGGCCGGGGAGAUAUGGGCAGCAAGCAGGAGAAACAGGACCUGCGGACCUUCAGUCCUGUGCCCUCCCUCACAUCGGCGGACGACUCCGGAGAUGUCAGGUCCAUGCGGCGGCGCCUGAGCGAGGGGCUGUACCUGGUGGUGCGCAACACCAACAGAGGGGACCACCAGCAGCACCCGCAACAGCUGGGCCAGCGGCAGGCUGGAGAAGGGUCUUCGCCCCCGGGGCCCGGCUCUUCAGGAGGCGCUCUCGAGGACCUCCGUGGAGGGCGUGGAGGGAGCGGGAGCAGUAGUAGCAGCAGUAGCGAGGGCCAUGGCGGAGGAUCUUGGGCUUUCCCUUUAGCGGCCAACACGGGCGAGGAGAGCAUCAGUGAAACCGCUCACCGCGCACUCCACGCCGUCAUUGGUCGCUCUCACCCGGUGUUCUUUGUGGGCAAGGCGCCCAUGGCCCACCUUGUGGGGCCUCGCAGAGGUAUCAAGACGUUCUUCAUGCUGGCUCAGACAGUGGAUGACCCAUGGGACAUCCGGCUGGUGGAGGGAGGACCCGCACAAGAGUUCGCCUGGGUUACCAAGCAAGAGCUGCUGGAAACGUAUCUGUCUGAUGCGCGACUGCGUGAGCUUGUAAGCAAAAUGCUCUCAGCCAAGGCUGCCUCCGCCGCUGCGCCCGUCAACAUCGGCAGCGACAAUCCAGACAAAAAUAGCCCACAAUCCGCUGCGUUAGCACCCUCCACAACUAACCGUACCCGCAUCCCGCCGAGCUGUUCGAAGAGCCAAAAGUUUUGCUCGAAGUCCGGGUACUGUAGAAGGAGGCGACUGGGGGCCAAGUGGCUGGAUGCUGCUGCCAAGGCCGCCGUGGACGCAACACGUGGUGUGGGGGACGCCAG